GAGCAUGUAGGCUGAAAAAACCCACGUAGCGUUUUUAAAACAUUUGGGUAUUGUCUUCAGUUAUGUUUUGUAACCAGUGAAGGGUUUUCGAUGUUACCAUGGAGGCAAUAGUUUGUUCUUCUCUACCUUCCUUAACCACUGCAAAAGCCAGGAACAUAGUUACAAAGAAUUCUUGCUCCCUAACAGUGAGAAAAACCAGUGAUUUAUGCGUUAAGAAUUCAAGAACAAGAAGAAAAACAAGGACAUGUGUUGUGUCUGUGAGUGAUGUAACCACAGUACUCGAUCCAGCUCCAGUGGAAAUCACAUGGCAGAUUGUUGUUGGAACUAUAGCUGGAGUUACACCUUUUGUGGUGGCAGGGAUUGAAUUCAGCAAGAGAAUUAUAGCUCAAAAAGAAUGCGAGACUUGUGGAGGGUCAGGACUUGUUUUUAGAGAAAAGAACUAUUUUCGUUGUCCCGAAUGCGGUGGAUUUCUUCCUUGGCAAUCAUGGAAAAGAUUUUUCUCUAGUUAAUGUUUUGCAACAACAUUUUAGCACAAGUUAUUUGUUUAUAGCAUAUAGUAAACUUUUUUUCCGGUUACAGUAGCCUAUGAUAAACUUAACCCCUUCAUGGGAGAUAUGAAAGUUAUUUGGUAUCA